GGCAAGGGCGUCGCGAGUUAGAGCCCUACCCGUCGUGCUGAGCUAGAGGUGCCCCUACUGCAGCUCUUAUAACGCUGAUCGUACUGUCGACCAUCGGUGGUUCGGUUGGUAGGCCUCUUUAUGAUUUCCGGGACCAAAAACCGGAGCAACCCCUACAAACAUUUCGGCCGUUCAACAUCGCACAUCGCGGCUCCAAUGGAGAGCUCCCCGAAGAAACUGCUAUUGCUUACAUGAGAGCGAUCGAUGAAGGAGCGGACUUCAUUGAAACUGACAUACUUGCCACGAAGGACGGCGUGUUGAUAUGCAUGCAUGAUGUAACCCUCGAUGCAACGACGGAUGUUGCCGACCAUAAGGAGUUUGCGGAUCGUAAAAGAACUCUCGAAGUUCAGUGGCAGAACAUCACUGGAUGGUUCGUAAUUGAUUUUACACUAGAAGAGAUAAAAACAUUGAGAGCAAAGCAGAGAUAUCCGUUUCGCGAUCAAAGUCACAAUGGGGUUUCGCGGAUCAUCACCUUUGAGGAGUAUAUAGCGAUCGCAUUGAACGCAGAUCGGAUCGUCGGUAUAUAUCCUGAGAUAAAAAAUCCAGUUUUCAUCAACAAACAUGUGAAGUGGGCUGAUGGAAAGACAAUAGAAGAUAGGUUUAUUGAGAUACUUAAAAACUAUGGAUACAAAGGGAAGUACAUGACCGAAGAUUGGCUUAAGCAACCUCUAUUUAUUCAAUCAUUCGCCCCGACUUCGCUUGUUUACGUCUCUAGUCUAAUCGAUUCGCCCAAAGUUUUCUUAAUCGACGACGUUACCGUGUUAACCGAAGACACUAAACAGACGUAUGACGAGAUCACAUCAGAUGCGUACUUAGAUUACAUAAAGGAUUACGUUGUUGGUAUCGGGCCCUGGAAGGACACGAUAGUGCCCCCCGUUAACAACAAACUUUCGACACCGACCGAUCUCAUUGCAAAGGCUCAUGUUCGCGGAUUGCAGGUUCACCCCUACACAUUCAGGAAUGAGAACCAAUUCCUGCACUUCAAUUUCUUUCAAGAUCCUUACGCGGAGUACCAGUACUGGAUAAACAAAAUGGGCGUCGACGGCCUCUUCACCGAUUUCACGGGGAGCCUCCAUCGAUACCAAGAGUGGACGACGCCGAAGAAAAAUAAUUAAAACACGCAUUAUUACUCAGAAUUUUGGAUCUUCUUUUUUAUUUUUCUCUUUUAUUUGUCACUCAAUGGAGAAUUUUUUUAGAGAUUAU